AUGCGUAGAGUUUUUUCUUUUACGACUUCCUCAGUUGAGGAUUUAAAAGCUAACACAACACAACCAUUUUCCCACUCACAAAGCGAAAAUAUUAUUACACAUAAAAAGAAAAAAGAAAAAAUACGACAGAAAAAAGAUAUUACUACCGAGGAAGAAGUUAAGAAUAUGGAAUAUAUUGAAGAAAGAAAAAAACAAAGUAGAAAGUCUUACAUACAACAACCACCACAAGUACUUAAAAACUAUUCAGGUCACGCAGGUCACGCUAAAGAAAAAAAGUCUAGGCUUUCAAAAUACGUUGACCCUCAUAAUUUUCUUGGCGAUUUUUCAUUUGAGGAAACUAUAAAAGAAGAAGAACAUGGUGAAGAAAAAAUAAAAAAGUCUAAAAAGAAAUCUAAUGGUCUUGGUCUAAAAGAUAUGAAAAUGAACCGUAGUCGUGAUAAUCGUCGUGAUAACCGUAACAGUACCACUUUAGAAGUUGUUGACAUUUCCAAUAAUAAUUCUUUACCGCAAGGAUUUCGCAGGCCAACUACUCAAUAUGGUUAUCCUGAUCUUAAUGUAAAUAAUGCAAAUCAUUUCCAAAAUAAACGUGAAUAUAUGAUUGAAGAAUUACCUAAAUCUAAAAAGUCUUUUAGACAUUCAGGUAUGUUAUUAUUACUUAAUUGA